CUGUUGCCGUGCCGAGCAUAUUUAUGGCUCUGGAGCCUGGAAUACUUUAUUCCAUGUGGAGACCUCUAAUCUAAACAACCUAUCUUCCUCUUGACUCCUCUUUCUGCUUAGGAAUACGAAGUAGCUCAACUUCUCUGCCUGCCUUCAAAACUCUUUCCCUCCUCUCCUCCCUCCCCUUCCCCAAAGAAGUAAACAAAGGGAAAACAAACCAUCUUUCCUCGCAUCCACACUUUCAGCAUUUCUUCCACCCCUAUUCCUACUUUUACUCCACCUUAAAAAGGCUCUAAGCGGUGAAGAAGAACUUGAAGCCAGCCCAGGAGGAAAAAGAGAAAUGGCCUUCCUUCCUCUCCUCCUCCUCUUCUUCCUCUCCACCAUCCCUUCCCCGGGUAAGCAACGCUCACUUUCUUCUUCCUAUUUCUCCUAAACUCCUGUCCUCAUCUUUAUCCAAUAUUUUGUUUCUAAUAUUUCAUUUCUCCCCAGUCUCUUGUUUUCCUGUUUCUUUUGCUUUGGAACAGCACAAGUUUGUAUCUUCACCCUCUCAAAUGCACCUUUUUUUUUGCUCGCUUCCACUUGGACUGCAGAAGUUUCAGGCUGUCUUUUGGGCAGCACGAGUUCCUCUUGACUGCUUCUUUUCUCUCCCAAAAGCCAAGCACAAGCACAAGUUCCCUGUUUUUUUCCGCACUCUAAAUUCCAAUGCUCUGUUUUCCUUUGCCUUUCAGGACUUUGUAUGCUCUGUUUCUACUCACCAAGAAAUGCUUUGUUUUGUUUUCUUCUUUUCUUCUUCGGGACAGCGCAAGGUGGGAGCUUCGCCAAGCUGGGUGUGAACUACGGCACGUUGGGCGACGACCUGCCCUCGGCCGCCCGCUCCAUCGGCUUCCUCCAGUCCCUCCGCGCCGGCGCCGUCAAGAUCUAUGACGCCAACCCCGCCAUCCUCCGGGCCCUCGCCGGCACCCGUCUCCGUGUCUCCAUCAUGGUCCCCAACCAGGUCUUCCCCUCCCUCGCCGCGAACCGGUCCCUCGCCGACGCCUGGCUCGCCGCCAACCUCCUCCCCUUCUACCCCCAGGCCCGCAUCCGCUUCCUCCUCGUCGGCAACGAGGUCCUCUCCGACUACUCCGUCAAAUCCUCCUGGCCCUCCCUCGUCCCCGCCAUGGCCAACCUCCACCGCGCCCUCCGCGCCCGCUCCAUCCGCGACGUCAAGGUCGGCACCACCCUCGCCAUGGACUCCCUCAAGACCUCCUUCCCACCCUCCGCCGGCGAGUUCCGCGACGACAUCGCCGGCACCGUUAUCCGGCCCCUCCUUCGCUUCGCCAACCGCACCCGCUCCUUCUACUUCGUCGACGUCUACCCGUACUUCGCCUGGGCCUCCAGUCCCUCCACCGUCUCCCUCGAUUACGCCCUCUUCCGAGGCAAUUCCGCCACCAAUUACCUCGAUCCCGGAACCCAUCUCACCUACACCAACCUACUCGACCAGAUGCUGGACUCCGUUGUGGCGGCCAUGGCGAAGCUAGGGUUCGGCGGAGUCCGGCUAGCCAUCGCCGAGACCGGGUGGCCCAACGCCGGCGAUCUGGACCAGAUCGGGGCGAAUAUAUACAACGCGGCGACGUACAACCGGAACCUAGCCCGGCGGCUCUCGAAGCGGCCGGCGUUGGGGACGCCGGCGCGGCCGGGAGCCGUGAUGCCGGUGUUCGUCUUCGCGCUCUACAACGAGAACCAAAAGCCCGGGCCGGGGACGGAGCGGCACUGGGGGCUGCUCUACCCGAACGCCACAAGGGUCUACGAGGUGGACCUCACCGGCCGGAGGCCGGACGCAUCGUACGGUCCGCUGCCGGCGCCGGAGAACAACGAGCCGUACAAGGGGAAGAUCUGGUGUGUGUUUGGAGGAGGGAAGAAAGGUGCGAAUGCGACGGAGGUCGGGGCGGCGAUCGCGUACGCGUGCGGGCAGGGGAAGGGCACGUGCGACGCGAUCCAGCCCGGCGGGCCGUGCUACCGGCCGGCCUCGCCGACGGCGCACGCCAGCUACGCGUUCAACUCGUACUGGCAGCAGUUUCGGCGGUCCGGCGGCACCUGCUACUUUAACGGGCUCGCCGUGCAGACCGCCCAGGAUCCAAGCCAUGGAUCUUGCAAAUAUCCAAGUAACUGAAGAGAAUUCACAUAUUCCAUUUAGGCCGGAGAUGGUUCUUUUUGAGCUGUGUUGAGAGUUUGGGUGGUGGAAGAAAAAGAGAGUGAGGGAAGGGGAAUGUGUGGCAUCUUGUUGAGGUUCUUACUAACUCAUUUAGACGAAUUUGAAUCUUGUUCUCUGGUGGAUAUCUUGAUGACUCGUUAUAAAUAAAACUUGAAGACAGUUUGGUUAUUGAUUGCUGGCUAUCGUAACAUAUCGGUGUCGGAGGGGAAGAGAGAGAAUAUUUAUUGGGCAUUGUAUUGAAGUUUUAGCUGAUUGAGACUGAUCAAAUCAUGGACUCCAUUGGGCAUUAUGGGAGCUUAAUAUUAAGCUGCAAUUACACUUUUAAGUA